GCACAGACAGACACUCUCUUCAAAGGCUUCCUCUCGGUGGUUCCAGCACGUGACACCCCUUAUCUUCCCCUUCAACAACCAGAGCGAUGUCGUUGACCCCCGAUGACCAGUUGGACUACAAACUGCUCACACAAGAGAAGAUCCAGGAGGCUCUUGACCUCCAGGCUGAAACGAUGCUGCAGGAGAACCUGGCAAUAGGUUUGGGGAUGUUUGAAGAGGCUGGAGCACCAGAAGAGAUGAGACUGGUGUUCAAAGAGGUGAUCAAGGACGGUGCAACACUGAUCGCAGUUGACAGAAAGACCAACGAGCUGGCUGCAGUGGCCUUCAACAUUAUCCAUGCUAGACCCAAGCCUGGAGAGGAGGACAAGAUGGAGGUGUUCGUGGAGGAGAACCUGAGGCACAGGUCUACCAGGCAGCUGGUCAAGUUCGUCGGUGACAUCGAGAGCAGCGUGGACAUUUUCGACACGUACAACGUUCACGGAGUGAUGGAACUGUUCUAUCUUGGCACCAAUCCACGUUAUCAGGGCCGCGGAAUAGGCUUGAAAAUGGUGCAGAAGUGCAUCGAGCUCGGUCGAGGAUUGCUGAGUGGAUCGAUGAGGAGAUAUUCGUUCGGCGAUGAUCCUGUGGAGCAGCACACGCGUCCUGAGCUGAUUUACGGCGUGUUCACGUCCAAUUACAGCCAACGAAUCGCGGACACGCUGGGCCUCGAACCUCUGAACGAGGUUCGAUACGAAGAUUUCACUUUUGCUGGCAAAAAAAUGUCUGAGAGGAUCGGUGCUUUUCACAAGACGGCCAGGUUGCAGAUUCUCAAGUUCUGA